UUACUUACAUUCAUUAUAAACCAGUGGACAAUACAUUAUUUAUUUCAUUAACACUAUCAUUACCUCAUUGAAUCAGUCUGUUGAUUCAAUGAAUGUGUGCCAAAUAUUCAACAUUUCUUCAGUGCAUCUACCUAUUUAUUUCAAGUGUAUCUGUGUAACUGUGUUUCACUUGUGCAUCUAACAUUCGCCUUCACAUUAACUUGGAUUGAUCUCUAUUUCAUCUUUUUUUAAAACCUAUUGUUCAACGGACAACAUGAAACUGUUUCACCAUUCAACACCAAAUGAACAUCCUCACCAGAAAGACAAAACAGCGGUUUUUCCUUAUCAACUUGAUACAAGUAUAGCGCCUUCAACCAAAGGAAAGAGUGAUAAACUAGUUGAUUGCUGGUUAAACAUGGCUCCAACCAUUUUAAUUAGUCCAACGAACCAAGAUGACGGAAAUAAUUUUGUAUCAAACGAUAUUUCUGAAUCAGUUAAUCCUCUGUCGCCAAACAAAUCUAAUCUCUCGUCUGAUAACACUCUUAUGAUCAUCAACACUGACACUAAUAACAUUAACAACAACAAUAAUAAUAACAUUAAUAGCUUCAAUAAAACGAGGAAAACAAAUUGGAUUCAAUUAUCUGGUCACGAGAAUACCUUUGCAUUUGGUAGUCCAGGAAUCUUGUAUAAAAAAUGUAAAUCUGAUGGCAAUGAAGCUCUUGCCUACAAAUCACUAAUGGAAGAAGCAACUAUGAAACCUUUUGUACCUAAUUUUUACGGCUGCCUAACCGUCAACGGAUCAUGUUGCAUUGCCAUUGACAAUCUAUUAUACCAUUUUGACAAUCCCUACAUUAUGGAUAUCAAAAUGGGAUCAAGGACUUUUCUGGAGGACGAAGUUUCAAAUGGUGAACCAAGAGCAGAUCUGUAUGAGAAAAUGAUUAAACUGGAUCCUAGUGCCUUAUCUGAAGCAGAGAAACAAGUCAAGGCGAUAACCAAAUUGAAAUAUAUGCAACUCCGGGAGCAAUUGAGUUCCUCCUCAACUUUAGGAUUUCGUAUUGAAGCAUUCAAGGUGAGCAAGUCAACCAUGUUUGUGUAAACUGUGAGAAUAACAAAACUAGGCUAUUAUGGUUAUGA